GGCAGCGCCAGACCUUCCCGGCGGGGCAUAGUGACGCGUCGUGGCGGCACCGGAAGAAGCGGCGGCGGCGGUGACGGUAGCGGCGGCAGCAUGGGGAAGCAGAAGAAGGCGCGGAAGUACGCGGUCAUGAAGCGGAUGAUCAGCCUUCGGGACGAGCGCAUCAACGAGAAGGAUCGGAAGAAAGCCCCCGUGAAGAAGAAGGAGGACCCGAGCGCCAUCAAGGAGCGGGAGGUCCCCCAGCAUCCCUCUUGCUUGUUCUUCCAGUAUAAUACACAGUUGGGGCCCCCUUAUCACAUCCUGGUUGACACUAACUUCAUCAACUUCUCCAUCAAGGCCAAGCUGGACCUAGUUCAGUCCAUGAUGGACUGUCUUUAUGCCAAGUGUAUUCCAUGCAUCACAGAUUGUGUGAUGGGUGAAAUUGAGAAGCUAGGACAAAAGUACCGUGUGGCGUUAAGAAUUGCCAAGGACCCUCGCUUUGAACGCUUGCCCUGUAUGCACAAAGGAACCUAUGCAGAUGACUGCUUGGUACAAAGAGUCACUCAGCACAAAUGUUACAUUGUGGCAACAGUGGAUAAAGAGCUCAAGCGGAGAAUACGAAAAAUCCCAGGAGUGCCUAUAAUGUAUAUUUCCAGGCACAGAUACAAUAUUGAGAGGAUGCCAGAUGAUUAUGGAGCGCCUCGAUUCUAACUUCUCCAGCCAAGCCAUCAGUGCCAGGACUCUGAGCCAGGACAAGGGACUUUCUGGUUCCAGCCCUCUGCUGAUAGGACUGUGGGUGACAGGGACUGGCUUCAUACCUGUGAUCUUCUAAGAAAAAGACACUUGGAAGAGUCUUUUUAUUCAUCCUCGUUCUGACUUGGUCUGAUUACCUGUAGCUUUGAGAAGAGUAUAGGAGAAAGAGGAUGGCAGUGCCCAGAACAUGCCUCACUCCCUCUUUACCGGGGAGUAAAAAGUAAUUUCAUCACUCUGAAUUAAAUAUUGGUGAUCCAGCUCUGACUGACAGUGAAACCACAGAAAUUUUAGAAGUUUCUUACUAUUGCAUCUGCAGCAGGACAAGAAUUCCUCUGGGAAACUCUCCCACACCUGGAAUGUGUGAGGGAACUGGAAUCCAUGUUCUGGAGAAAAGCCAUCAAAUCUGCACCAGUUGAUGUGCCUUCUGUGGCCCAGUGGCCUGGAAGAUUUUAAUUUGGAACUGAAGGGCUUUUAUUCCACUGCACAAUGAAUGAAGUUUGCUUAAGUGUGCUGCUCAGAUUCUUGUGUCUGUACUGGACUAGCUGGCAGCCCAGUCCUUUUGCUUACAUACAGAGUGGUGGCAGGAGGGCAGGGUAGGGCUGGGACAGGUCUCUCGUUUAUUUGGCAACUAUGCACCUCAAAGCUUCAUCACUUUCGUUAGGUGUGAGGAAAGAGGAGGAAGAUAUCAGUGACAGGAAGAUUAAUUGAGUGUAAUUGGCAAGACAGAAAAGACUUGGGUAUUAAUUCAGAAAGCCUAGUGAGAAGAGAAACAGGAUGGGAAAGGACCACCUGGGUCAUCAACUCCUUCCCCUGCUAUCCCAGGUAACCUGCAGAGCAGAUAUUGGUGCAUACCAUGCAUGAGCCCUAUGGAAUCCUAAUCUCAGAUCCAAUUUAGAGUAUAUCAAAAGGGGAAAGAUUAUGACAGGAAAGGCUUUGGUAAACAAGAAUGCUUUGGCAUUGCUGUCAAUGCAGAACUCAUACCAGUCCAGACCAGAAGGGAGAGUCCUUCCUGACCUGUGGCACCAGCACUCAACUCAGAUAUCAGAUGCCUGCAAUGUUUCUCAGUUUCUAGGGAAUCCUGCCUCCCCACUAACACGCUGUCUCUUGCUUUAGCCAGUUUCCAUAGCUUCAGAAGAUGGAGAACAAUCAGAAGAGCCAUUUAAAAAGUCUCAAAUUAGGCAAAGGAUGGAAAAAAAAUAACCUCUGCUCCUUUCUGUGGGCCACCAGGAGGUCCAAGAUUGCUACAGCAUUACUACCCAAUGCAGGAAAAGCCUGAACUAUUAGCAAAAACUUGACUAAAAUUAGCAUGGCAACAUACUUUUAAUGUUACAGACUGUAAAAGAAGGUGGCAUAAUGUGGACUUAGCAGGGUUGUUUUAGGACAAGGUAACACUGGGUAAAGGCAACGUAUCAGCUGGUAGGAGUCAACUCCAGUGCUGCCAAGGCCAGAUUUGGGUA